ACAAAGAUAUGAAAAUACUGUUAAUAGAAAAUUAAUCCGGCAAGCAAAGAUUAAGAAAAUAAAAUUAUUAGAAAUUCCAAUGCAAAAAAAAGAAUUACAAAAAUUAGCCCAAAAGGUUCAAUUAGAAAUAAAAGAGGAGGAAUUGCAAAAUUAUUUAGACGUUUUUAAGCAUUUAGAAAAAUUAUUGACCGACUUCCAAAAAGUUAAAGUAGGAAAAAAAACCAAGCCUCUGAAAAGAAUUAAUGUCGGAUAUUUAACUUUGCGAGAUUUAGGAAGAUUAAAAAAAGGUUUUUCCCAAUCCCGAAUUAGCCAACAAGACCAAAAGAAAAAUUCUCUAAUUACGGACAACGGUUCGGUAUUGUUUAAGAAAUAG